CUAGCUGCCAGUGGGACAGUGAGGCUGAACGUUUCUUUUGCUGCCCUUCAACGCUCACCAAAAGAGAGCUGAUCCUUCUUUUCGCUUCUGAGCUCCACCUCCACCAAUCAAGGUAGCAUCGCCAGCCUUAAGCCGACCUAGGCAGCAGUCAACUCAGACAAUAGCACCGAGCUAUCAUUAUUAAAGUACGGCAACCGCCCCCAAUCUACGUUGUUUAGCUCCGAGCUAUCGUGUGGCUCAACGAUCUUACUACAAAGACCUUGGAGUUGCACGGGAGGCAGUUGAGGGUGGAGUAGCGCAAUAUGACGUCAAGACUGAGCUUCAUGGGCUUAUCGGUGGAUUUGAAAACGUUGGUCGUUCAACAUAUCACCCGUCCCACCGACCUCAAGAAUGUGUGCCUCGCCAGCAAGCAGCUCCACGAGAUCGCAGUCCGCCAGCUCUACCAUGAGGUAACCCUCGACGUCGGCUCGGCGAAUGAUGGACGGAUUGCUGCCUUUCUCAGCCCUAAGAAUAUCGGUCUGCAACAUGUGCGGAAACUUGAUCUCUACCUCGCCGAUGUCAUCGACAAGUGCAACAACCAGUUACAACAAGCCAACUUCGCGAUUCGUAUGAUACUAGAGCUGUUACCAGAGAAUAUAUUAGAAAAGUUCAGCUGGCAUCCAUGGUCAUCGUUCUCUGGCGAUAACCUGGUGCUACUGUACAGGAAGCAGAGACGCAUGAAGUGGAUGGAGAGCAUUGCGCUUGACCGGGACGUCCUGGGAGACCUUCAGAAAAUACCGGAAUUCGAAAAGCUGUUCGAGAAUGUGCGAAAGAUUGGCCUAUAUCCAGAUUCGCGGGAGGUGCUGGACUUUUGCCACUUCCUCCUCAAGAAUACGGCCAACCGCAAGCUCGACAAGAUGACGCUACACGCGAGCUUUGACGAGACCGACUCGUCAAUACCAGAUCGGGAGUUGUACGACUCCUCGACGGGGCCUGGCCUGAUGACCUCGACCAUGUUCAGCCACAUGCAACCCUUCGCAAAAUGUACACCUAUCGCACUGAAGGAGAUCACGCUCCAAAAGCUUAGAUUGCGAUAUGCGGCGGAUACGUACUGCAAGUUGAUCGACUUUCAAUCAGUCAAAAGCAUCCGUGUCUUUGGCUGCUCCGGUGCCGACGCGCUCUUUGCAGAGCUUAGCAAGAGCACAAAGCUACCCGACAAGCUCGAGACUCUGGAAUUCAAGCACGAUGACAAUCCCGAGAAUGACGGUCUAGGUGCCAUUGAGGGCUUUUUGUGCUUGGUCUCUGGCAUCAAGACCCUCACCCUCGACCUUACAUAUGCCAAGAGUCUCCCGGCAUCUGCAGGUAUCGUACGGCAUGGAAAGACGCUGAAGACACUAAACAUACACGCUAGCACGGGACCUGACAGCUGCGACGACGAGCUGGUCUACGACUAUGCAUCGCUAUCGCAGAUUUGCAAAGACUGCUCGCUGUUAGAGCAAGUUUCGCUAGCUUUCCCGCAGGUGAGCGUCAUAAGGAGCAAGAACGACAGCUUCGUCAACUUUGAGAAUUGUCUCGGCGACCUCCCAGGCCUGGUGACACUGAAUAUCACUACCUGGCCAAACGACAGCCCGUCAUCGACGAAGCUGCCGCGAAAGAUCUACGAGCACCUUCUUGCAGGUUUAGCCCAACAGGGCUUCGAACGGAGCUUAAGCCACGCCAAAGAACAAGGUCGCUCGUCCAAGCUGGCCAUAAUUGCCUUCGGCUCCUCUGACAAGGUGUAUGAUCGAGAAGAUAGCCAGAACCAGAUCAUCUUUGUCAAAGGGCGACAAAUCGACCCUCUAGGCAACGAGAAGUCAACUGCAGUACAACUCGGGUGGUGCUUGAGGAAGUUUUUUCCACCGUGGUCGCGGGAAAUCAUCGGCAGCGCGAGGCCCUCUUCGACCAUGACCUCGUCGCCGCACUCGUCGCACUAUCCUCCCCCGCCAGACGACCAAGACGCCCACUACGCGCCCAUCUAUCCCAAUGCCCAGGUCCUCGACGCCCAGCCUGCCCGCGCGCCCUAUCCGCAAGAGCCGCCGUUUCCGAAGCUCGAAAACAUCAACGAGGUGCUGCAGGCGCAGCAAGCUCUCCAUGCGAAUCAUGCCUUGACCGACCAGCAUCCUCAACACGCUCCCGCGCCGCCGCACCAGCCGAAGCCAAACCGCCUGCGCAAAGCAUGCGACUCGUGCAGUAUACGCAAAUGCGAUGAGUCUGGUCCGCCAUGUCGAGCCUGCUUGGCCCUCGAGAUACCCUGUACCUUUGAGCGUCCUAGUCGACGACGGGGCCCUCCCAAUCGGCAUGCAGAGGCCGUCAAGAAGCAACGGCUGAAUCCUGGAGACUCCAAUUCCGGGGCUUCGUCGCCGCAGUCUCCUACCAAUGCAGCCCAUGCCCUGGCCCAGUUGCAGUCCUCCCAUCCUGCACAGCUCUCCGCCGAGGCAAUCUGCCCGCUUCCCACCAUGAACGCCCUUAUCGACGACUUCUUCAUGUACAUACAUCCGCUGUGUCCCUUCCCACACGAACCUUCGUUCCGAGAGGCAUGGGAACGCAGGGAAGACUUCACCAAUCCUUCCUUCUUGGCCUUACUGGCAUCCAUGAUUGCUGCCCUGGUAUCCUCGUUUCCUCGCAAGCCCCGCCUCCAUCUGAAAACGCAGACACGCCUCGAAUACCCUUCACAUCUCUCCCUCGUCGACAAGUGCCGAGAAGUUUGUACACAGGCGCGCGGACCCGGCUACCUAGACCGUCCGUCUUUGAACGUCUAUGAUGCGUGCACGAGCUACUUUUUAGGCCUGACCGGAGCCUAUGUGUUCCAGUGGCGCCAAUUGCGGCUCUACCUCGCCGAGUGUCUAACCAUCAUACGCUCGCUGGGUCUUCACAAAUCCGAAUGUCAAGGUUACACCUACCUAGGCAGCGUACCCAGUGCCUGGGGUUCAAAUGGACCCAAUUUUGACGGCUCAAGAGACUUUAAGCUAGACUACAUCACCGAGCAAAUUGGACGGAGAGUAUUCUGGGCCGUCUUUGUUGGCGUGCGGACAAUACAGCAGCUAGGCGCCUCUUUUGGGGAGCUCAUGAUUGCACCUGCAACCCCAACCGAGCCUCUGCCUCCACUGCCCGAAGAAGUCGAUGACGUCCACAUUUUUCCAAAUGAGAUUCAACCUCAGCAGAUUGGUGUCGUCUCCCUGAUGGCAGGCUUCAACACCAACGUACGCAUCUAUCUGUCGUACUCCACGCUUGCGACGGCAGAAAUGGCUUUUGGCGUUGAUGAAAUAUUCGACUGGGAUCGCCAGCAGCGUAUCUUCGAAGAGAGUUUGCAGCGCUGCAGACUGGCUCUCGAGGCCAUUCCCGAGGUGCUCAAAGUUCAGGCGAAACCCGGACGAGCUGGCGGGUUCACACAGCAGAGGCAACCCUACUAUCCGCCCAUGCCAGAAUUUUCAGAAAUGAGAGACCCAGCGUUGAACCACUACAGUGGUGCUGAGUCUCAUGACAAGCGCCGUUACGAAAUUCAGAAGGCAAACGUCUACGCGAGCCACUUAGCGACGCGCUCAUACUUGGUAGAAAAGUAUUACUUGCAACUAGAGAAAUUUCACAAGGUGAAGAGUCAGGCAGCGCGGCAGAAAGAACCUAAUGUUCUAGUCGCAGGGCUAGAUAAGUUCCUGACUGGUCCACCAGCCAACGCCGACGCCGAAGCGCUAGAGCGGACCAUGUCCGACGAACGCGAACAAGUAGUCAGUGACCUGCUUGUGGUGCUAGGAAGCAUCGAUAUGGUCAAUAUGGAGCCAAAUGGCGACUCCUUUACCCAGAAGAUCCGGUCUAUAGCGAGUACCUUGCUUGAAGUGCCGAAGGAGAGAAAGGGCAGCGUGGCACUUCAACAUCAAGACUAUCUAUACACGUUUCUCGACAUCCUGAGUAAGUUGGAGAGGGCAAGUCCGGAGGCUAGCGACCCAGCGAGUGACACGGUUGAUGAAGAGACGGAGCUUCGGCUUUGGGCGGAUUUGAGAAAUCAUCAGCUCAAGUUUCAAGAGCAGGGUGGCGUCUAUGGGUUUUCAUGAACGAGAACGCACAAGUCAGGAUAGCCUUGUGAACCCGCCCGCGGCCGUGAAGGUGGAAGGCAGGAUCGAAGUAUGCUGGCGAGGCAUGCUCCAGAUGUCACGACAGUGUGAAGAGUCACGGCUUGAGAG